AUGCCUUCACCGCCCCCUCAUCUUGAUGAUAAGAACCAUGUAUAUCAUCAGGUAGCGGACCAAAGCUAUGUCACCGAUAUGUCUCAAGGGUCCCUCGAUGACUCGCAUCCUUCCAUUUCGAAUGGUGACAGAAUUCGAACGCAGGAAUCCAAUUCAAACCAACAACAGCCGGCUCCGCCGAUCACUUCAUCGCUUGGUGUGCCUGCGACUUCUGCGACCUACUCAUCACCACUUCGCUCGGACACUAUUUUUACGGGACAGCGCGACGGCAGUGUAACCGGUAUCUCGGAUAAUGGGCUCAAUCGUAAUGCAUCAAAAUCUGCACGUAUUCAUAUCAAUACCGGUAGUCAAGGUCCGACAAUUACUGUAUCUCAACCGCCUGUCUCACCUGUCGAUUCAACAGUUGCUAACUCACCUAUUACUACUGAGCCUAGGCAAAGAACAGGUAUUCAACGUGCAAAUCAUCCAGGUCAGAUAAGCUUGGAGGGACUCCGACCUCAAAUGCCCGACAUGUAUGAGGGCAAUGCACAGGGCCGAACUGGUGUCGUAAAUGUAGAAGGGAACGACCACACUCGACUUGCUGCAUUGGCUGAGGAGCUCGAGGAUGAAGAUAGUGAGGCGUUUUCAGAUGCCCCACCUCCUGGCCAUGUAAUUAUUCGUGACGAAGCUUUUCUUGGAGGCCAGCCCACGAAUCCCCAAGAACUCAGGGAAAGAGAUCCACAGCCCGCAUACGAUUAUGGAGGUACCACCACGCCAGGUGCCACCUCUUCAGGCUCUUAUGAUCCUAUGGAUGACCUUGAUCAUGUGGAUAUUAUUGAGGGCGAAACAGAUGGCAUGCCAUCCAAACCACCCCGCUCGGCUCGAAAGAAGGUCUAUGAUCAAGGCAAGAAGGGAUGGGGCUCGCUUCGCCAGAUCUUUGGUAUUAAUUCAAACGAAAAUAAGGAAGAUUUGUCGGAAAAGGGUCUUUUCACCUCUGAUGCUACUAACAUGAAGAGUGUGCCAGUACAAACGUCAUCCGGUCUCCGCGGUACGAAGCGUCGUCAUCGUCCAUCAGCCAUUGAGCGUGAAGCUGCCAAACUUGUCUCAGCACACAAGAUGCUUCAUGGUCGUGGUGCUGAUAGCAGCGAUGAAGAUGAAAUGCAUCUUCCUGGUUUUAAUCGAUCGCACCUUCCCGACUCAGAAGCCAGCACGCCCGAUGCUCUCGAGACUGCCCAGCAAAUGGACUCAAGACCUGUAGAAAGUGGCGGCGUUUUAGGCCAACUUUUAAAGCUCUAUGACCAGCAGCAGACGGAUGGAACGUCUCAGGUGUCUGACUCGCAAGCGCCUGAAUCAGAAGCUGCGACUGAGCCUGAUGCUACAGUACUUGGUGGUGGCUUAAAUUUGAUCGGUAACGAAGUUGUCGAUGCUUAUGGAAAUCAUGCCGCUAUCCAGGAUGUCGAUCCAGAGGUAUUAAAACAAGCUGCUGAAUCCAAGCCCUCUACCGACUCAUGGCGAGACUCCUCGCGUUAUUCGCUGCAACGCUCGGGUGCAGGUCUGAUUAAUUUGGCGAACCAAAACAUUGUAAAUGUCUCGAAUGCUGGACAAAGUGUCGUCAAGAAUGUCGCGUCUGACGUUGGUUUGGACAUAAUGGACGAACGUCCUAAGGCUGCUCGCUCUGCAGCUGGUACCAUUGGUGGCCUAAUUGCUACAUCUGGAAACUUGAUUGGUGCGGUGAGUCCUUUGCACGCACAACUAGGACCGAAUCCAUCUCGUCCGGGUUUUACAUUAGACCGUUAUUUGCUUCCAGAUAUGAACGAAAAAACUCUGCGCCGCACUGCGAAAAUUGUAGCUGAGGCCUCGCCUGUUCCCAAGAAGAUGCGAACUGGUCCAACUGGUACUGUGCCACUAACACCCAACACAUUCGCAGCCUAUGUGCAGCAGGACUCGGGGGUUAAUCCCUAUUUUAGUGCAGCUGAGAGCAAGUCGAUUGCUGGGAGUGCAACCGCGUCGUCAAUGAAGCGUAGGGGCCAAGCCAUUGGAAAUGCGGGAAAAAAUCUCAUGCAUCGCAAAUGGCCGCAUGGCUCAAUGUCUGAUGACGAGCAAAAUCAUCUCAUGAAUACGAACCCAGAGGAACUGGCGAGGCGUGAAUGGAAAAAGAAGCUUCGUCGCCGCAAGGCUCGCAGCAAAAAGCAAGAAAUCUUCAUCACCAUGCAUGUCGCGGCCAUUUUAAAGCGUCAAGAAUUUCUUUUGAAGCUAUCUCGCUGUUUGAUGAUGUUUGGUGCACCAACGCAUCGUAUCGAGCAACAAAUUCAAGCUACCGCCAAUGUACUGGAAGUUAACUGUCGCUGUGUGUAUUUCCCAUCGGUCAUGCUCUUGUCUUUUGGUGAUGAAAACACGCACACUUCCGAAACAAAAAUUAUCAAGCAGGGCAGUACCGUGGACUUGACAAAGCUGACUGACAUGCACACUAUCUAUUGGAACGUCAUUCAUGAUAAGAUUGGUGUAGAACAAGGCUCCAAGCAACUGGACAAUUUGAUGCGACGCAAGCCAAUGCUGCGCAAGUGGCAAUUUGUUCUUGUCAGCGGCUUGGCAUCCGCCUUUAUUACUGUCGGUGAAUGGGCAUUCAACGGCUCGCUGCUUGAUGCAAUUGCCUCGUUCUGCUUAGGCUCCUUUAUGUCUUUUUGCCAGCUUUCUAUUACCUCUGAACUCUACUCCAACGUUUUCGAGAUCGUGUUUGCUACAUUGAAUUCUUUCAUUGCAAUGGGUCUUCACCAAAUUAGUCGUUAUCAUACACCUACUGGAGAGAUUCAUUAUGGCCGCUACUUCUGUUACGAAGCUGUCAUGGCGGGCUCGAUUGUGAUGAUUCUUCCUGGUUUUAUUGUUUUGACUGCAGCGUUGGAACUUCAAUCAAAGAGUCUGGUAUCUGGCUCCGUGCGGUUAGUCUAUGCAAUUAUCUACUCCACGCUACUAGGUCUGGGUAUAAUGAUCGGUGCACUUCCUCUGCUUGGAAGUGAAGGCGCGAAUUUGACGAAGUGUAAUGCACGUAAGCUAGACUUUCCGCACUGGUACAACACACCUCCAGGCCAGAAUGCUUCGCCUUCUUUUGCUUGGGCCUUCUUAACAGUGCCAGGAUACGCUCUGCUGCUGUCACUGCGUAAUCAGGCCAAGGUGACUCGAAAAGAAUUUCCUGCGAUGGUCCUUAUUGCCGUUUGUGGUUGGCUUGUGGCGAACUUUGCCACGAUUGCUAAUAAAGUGAACUCGAGUUGCAAUGGUACGAAGGAUGAGCACUGUCCUGUUCCUGAAGUAUUGCAAAAUCAUUCAUAUCUGUAUUCUGCGUUGGGUUCCUUCACGGUGGGUAUACUUGCCAAUAUCUACGGCCGCUUUUUCGAUGGACGCAGUUUCGUGGUGGCAGUGCCCGGUAUUCUUUUCCAACUGCCUAGCGGUAUGACUGGCUCUACUACUUUAUGGAACUUUGCAACGCUUCAAGACGAUGGCUCUGGAUCAGGCAACACAGAGGUAACGUCUGGUCUGCAGAUCGGUGCACAGCUGCUGAAUAUCUCGCUGGGUAUAGCCAUCGGUCUAUUUGCUUCGUCCCUGCUGAUGUUCUUCCUUGGAGGACACAGGGUCCGGGGAGGUGGUAUGUUCUCUUUCUAA